AAAUGAUUAAUCAAUUAACGAACAACGAGUUAAUUGGAUUAUUUACAUCCAUUGCCCUUGUCAUAUACGUUACAUGUCUCCUCCACACCAAAAGUCGUACGAGACUGCCUCCGGGACCAAAUCCCUGGCCAGUGAUCGGCAACAUGUUUCAACUCGCUGGUUCACCGCCGCACCACUCAUUGACUAAACUUUCACGGCGUCACGGGCCUAUCAUGACUUUGCGGCUCGGGUCGAUGCUGACAGUUGUGAUCUCUUCGAGCGAAGUGGCUCGGGAGAUUUUUAAGAAGCACGACGCACCGUUGGCUGGCCGGAAGAUUUACGAGGCGAUGAAAGGAAGGAAGAGUAGUGACACCUCGCUCAUCACGGCUCAGUACGGUGCGUAUUGGCGGAUGCUGCGGCGACUCUGCACCACUCAGUUCUUUGUCACGCGCCGUCUUGAUGCUAUGAGUGAUGUACGUUCUAAGUGUGUUGAGCAGAUGCUUCGGUUCGUCAAGGAAGGUGGCCAAAACGGUGCGUAUUAUAUUAGAUUUCCUUUUAUCAACAACACAUGUGUGACGCUCAGCAACAACGUUCUUGGUACAAAAACAAUCGACGUGGGGAGAUACUUCUUCUUGAUGGCGUUUAACCUCAUAGGAAACCUCAUGUUUUCGAGAGAAUUGCUCGAUCCCGAUUCAAAAAGAGGGUCCGAGUUCUUUUACCACACCAGGAAAGUGAUGGAGUUCGCCGGGAAACCCAACGUUGCCGAUUUCUUCCCUUUGCUAAGAUUCAUUGACCCACAAGGAAUCAGAAGAAAAACACAGUUCCACGUGGAGAAAGCCUUUGAGAUCACCGGAGAGUUCAUCAGAGAACGAUCAGAGGUUAGGGAGAGAGAAGGGAGCGACGAGAAGACAAAGGAUUACUUAGAUGUUCUUUUGGAGUUUCGUGGCGGCGAUGGAGUCGACCUAGAAGAACCUUGUAGCUUCUCAGCAAGAGAUAUCAACGUUAUUGUUUUCGAAAUGUUUACGGCAGGGACGGAUACGACAACAAGCACGUUGGAGUGGGCACUAGCGGAGCUACUACACAACCCAAGAACCUUAACCAAACUCCAAACCGAACUCCGAACAUAUUUCAAAUCCCCUGACCAAAAGCUCCAAGAAGAAGACCUUCCCAACCUUCCCUAUCUCUCAGCUGUUAUCAUGGAAACCUUAAGGUUACACCCACCUCUGCCUUUCCUAGUCCCACACAAGGCUAUGUCAACAUGUCACAUCUUCGGCAAAUACACUAUCCCCAAAGAAACACAAGUCUUGGUUAACGUAUGGGCAAUCGGGCGCGAUCCUAAAACAUGGAUCGACCCGGUUAUGUUCAAACCGGAAAGAUUUAUAUCCGACUCGAAUCCCCGAGACUUCAAGGGACAGGAUUUCGAGUUCUUGCCGUUUGGAUCGGGUAGACGGAUGUGUCCAGCUUUGCCUUUAGCGUCACGGAUCUUGCCGUUAGCCAUUGGAUCGAUGGUAAGGUCGUUUGAUUGGGCCUUGGAAAAUGGGCUUAGCGCAGAAGAAAUGGAUAUGGGAGAAAGAAUUGGUAUUACAUUGAAAAAAUCUGUUCCUUUGGAAGCGAUUCCAAUUCCUUAUCUAGGCUAAGCAGUUAUUUUUUUUUUUAAUCUUUGUUUUCUUCACAUGAAUGUGUACUUUUUAACACUUACAUACCCAAAGCAAUCCAAUAUGUAUACCCCAA